GGAUACUAAUCGAAUAUUGAACUUAACUAUUUCACUAUUAUGAAAUAUUUAAAUAAUUAUAUAAUUGUCAUAUUUGUAACCAAAUGCUUCACAUCCACAAUUGCAUCGCAAGAUCAAACAACAGGUCGAGCAAACACUCUGUUAGACGACGCUGACGAUAUUCAGAAGCAAUUAGACAAUGAGGUUCGGGAUCGGCUCAAGUAUCGACCAAUAACUGGAUGGGUACUGAGCACGCCAAUCCAUUACCCUACAAGUCACCCUCAAUCAGGAUUGGUUAAGCAAAUGGUAAAAUGUCAAAAAGUAUGUUAUAGAAAAACUACUACUUCGAAAACGAAAAAGGCUAAUCUUUAUGAGGAAUGGAACUAUAAAGUAAUGAUAUUCGGUCAUUGGGAUGUAAGAUAUCGACCGUCUGUCUUCGGCGGUGCAGCAAAUAGACGACGUUAUCAUUUCCACUCUCUCAUCCUUCAUACUCCGUCGGAGCAUAGAAUCGGUGGGCUGCAAUACCCGAUUGAAACUCAACUGUUACACGUGGCUGCGGAAUAUACCAACAUAACUGAUGCUAUUGCUGCAUCUACUAGAGAUCCUCAAGCGAUACUUGGACUAGCCAAUCUAUUCAAGAUUGAUAAUACGACUUUGUCUGGUAUCAAAGAAAUGUUGAAGGUUGUGACGGGUCUGCGUUUGCUCCACAUAUCACUGCCUGUUCAAUCUUUGAAUGCCUUUAACCCACCGUUCCGAGAGUAUGUAAGCUACCAGGGGUCUCUUACCUAUCCACCUUGUACAGAAGCUGUUCUGUGGGUGGUAAGAGCUCGAGCCUUGACAAUCACGAGGAAAGCCUUGAAUUCAAUACAAGGCCUACGCGAUGAAAAAUUCCGUGGAUCCUUUUUGCGAGAGACUCAACCACUCAACGACAGAAAUAUAUUUUAUUUUCACUAA